AUGUUGUUUAUUAAAAUAACAUUUUUAUUUCUUUAUUCUAUUUCAAAUUUAUGUUUAAUCACUUGUCUUCAUUGCACAAAUUGUACGGAUAUUGUACUAUCAUUCGAUAAUCAUGGACAAUUACCAAAAGAAUGUCAAGACAAAUUCGUUGAAGCGGAUGCUUGUCAAGUUAGUUUUCGUAUGAAUUAUAUAACGAAAGAAAUUCAUUUAGAUUUUACUCAUGGUGAUGAUCCAAAAAGAAAUUAUCAAUUAAAUCUAUCUGUCUUAGAUAAAUUUGAUGAACCAAAAAAUGUUAAUGGUAAUAUUACAUAUAUUUGUAAGACUGAAAAUAAUUGUGCAACAUUAUUUUAUCAAACAAAUCUACCAAAAUUAAUUCAAAAUCAAUACAUAUGA